AAGUAGUAAAUUCUCCUAAAGUAGAAUCAUGAUAUUACGAACAUAUAAUUUCAUUCUAUUUAUAUCACGAUUAAUAAUAACGAUUAUACGAUCAAUACACAUGCACAAAAACAAAACACGUACAGUAUGUGUGUAAAUGUGCGAUAAGUGGAAUGUGCUGAAAUGUUAGAUGUAGUUCACAUAUUGGUUGUAGGCGAGGGCCGUGUUGGAAAAACCUCACUUAUUCUUACAUAUGCUACCGACUCCUAUCCUUACCAGUGGAGCCCGUAUCUAGCAGAUGUAGAACCGAUCAGUAAAACAGUGGAAGGACAGAAUAUUAAGUUAAUAUUAAUGGACACACGCGGCGGUGAGGACUACCAUCGACUCCUACAUUUAAGCUACUAUGAUAGAUAUGUCAUCCUGCUGUGUUUUGACAUUGGAGAUGAGUCCACACUGCUCAGAGUAAAAGAAAGGGUUAUACCUCAUCUUGAUCACCAUACACCUACCAUUCCUCGAAUACUUGUCGGCUGUAAAUCAGAUCUUCGGAUAACAGAACCGAACUCCUGUGUUGAUAAAGAUCAAACAGAAAGGACUGCAAAUGCUUUGGGACUGCAUUAUUUUGAAACCAGUUCAAUGAAGGGACAUGGGCUGCAAACGUGCUUUGACAAAGCUAUGCGCAUUGGUCUAGACUACAAUAGAUUGCACAAGAAAAUAAAGAUAACCCGGUACGAUAGAAACUUCGAGAAAAAGAUCCCUCCUGUAAAACCCAUUAAAGAAAAACCACCACCAAUUUUGGUGGAAAAAUCGUCUUUUGCUGAGGACUGGCUACAAUUGUUGAACAAUCCUAAAUAUGCAGAUGUUAUUUUUCUGCUUGGAGGAGGGCGACAUGAAUGUAAAGCUCAUAGUAUUAUUCUUUCCUCGGCAUCAGAAUUAUUUUGUGGGAUAAUCAGAAAUCAGAAAGAUUCUGGUUGGGUCGGAACAUCAAAAGAUACGAUUUCUGAUAAAGUAGAGGGUAUAGAUACAAUAUUCUGCACCAAGCACACUGAUGGUAGAAAUAUAAUUACAAUUGAGAUCAAUCAUAUGUUUGAAGCUGUUACAUUUAAGCAGUUGCUUGCUUUUUUGUAUACAGGUGAUCCCGGUACCAUUCAAGAGACAUACAAAACAGAACAAUUGACAGAAUUACGAAGAGCAGCGGAUACAUUUAAACUACCAUACUUAAAUGAUAUAUGUUUCAAUAUUGAAAAAGAUGAAGAGUUUUUGAAUGAAAGUAUUGCCGCAUACUUUAACAGAGAAACUGGUAAAAAGAUGAAGGAAUUAUAUUUCAAUCAAACAACUGACUGUGAUAUUAAAUUUGAAGUAGAAGGUGAACAUAUCACUGCCAGUACAGUAGUAUUGUCCUGCAGAUGUCCAGUAUUUGCAGAUAUGUUAUCGAUGGAAUCUGAAAGUGAAAACGUCGAGUCAACAGAGAUACAACUGCCCGACACUCAUCCAGAUAGUUUUCUAUCUCUCUUGGAGUUCCUUUAUACUGACCACGCUCCGAUUCAUGAUACCAAUUGUUUUGAACUGUUGGUUAUUGCAGAUAAAUAUGGAGUAUUAAAACUCGUAAACUAUUGUGAAAUUCAUAUUAUUAACAUGCUAGAUAAACUGACCAAAUCUUCCAGUGAUUAUGCUGUACAGGAUAUUAUAGACGCUCUAUUGACAGCUCAGGCUUACAAUGCAGAACAGUUGACAAGGUGGUGCUUACACACUAUUUCAACAAAUUACGAUACCUUUCAAGACACAGAACAGUUUUCUCAGCUCAGUGACCAAACCAGGAAACACAUUGAAACAAAUCGCUGGCCACCAUUGUCCUAUUUACAAGAUUUUGAGAGAUUUCAGCUUCGGAGGCAGCGAAGGAAAUGUUCAAUUUUAUAAAUAAUGUGCAAUUUUAAUUGUUAUUAAUCUAUAUAUGACGUUACAAUUGAAUUUUAUUUUGAUCAUAAUAAUAAGAAUUUUUUUAUGACUUUGUAUGCCUUAUUUAUAUUCUUUUCCUACCUCAUAAAAGCUUAAAUAUAUCUUAUAAAAAUUUA